GUCGUCGACUCUCGUUGUUGUUAGGUAGGUUGUCAGGGGCAGCGCACCAACCAGUUAGCUAACACGGGAUUAAGGGAAUUCGGUUAAUGAUGACAUAUUUAUUUCUCCGAGUAAACGACUGCCGACACGUCUACUUUUUCCGCUCGGGGCUGCCCUGCUCAUUUUGGGUACAAGCGGCAGACACGACAGCAUCAAUUAUCGAAACAGACAGAGGUUUGCUGUCGGGUUUGCCCCGUAGCUGGCUAACAGUGAGCUAAGUUGCUAACGCCCCGCAUCCAGCUAAAACGAUAUCAAGUAAUAAACAUUGGCGGUAGCAUUGCCUUGUAAAUAUACAUAUAUAUACCCCCGUAUUCUUUGUGGUUGAUUCGGUGCGAGAAUGGAAGACGAACAGGAAAGUAUAAUAGAGCAGGAAGAAUAUGAAGACGGCGACAAACCAUUAUCAACACGUUACAGACCUCCCUUUCGCACCGCUCGGAUGCAAAUCCAGAGAAGUAAUGUCUGUUCUCGGGCUUAUUUCGUCGUGGUCAUGGUCUUCUUCCAUGUGUACAUCCUGAAUGUUAUCGGUCUGCUGCUUUAUGUGCACUACAACAACGGCCCAGGUGAACUUGUCAGUGCAGACGGUGACACCUCAGCAUCAGUCAGCCAGGGUGGGACACCCUUGCCCAGCCCUACCCCUGUCUCUGAAGAGCUUCGUGUGGAAGACCACAGUCAGAGUUUCAGUCUACCUCGAAUUGAGGGGAUACGGGUGGGUCAUGUUCAGCAGGUGUCCCUUGUGCCAGACAGGAUGCACGAGAUGAAGACAAUCAGCCUGAAACCUCUGCUAUUUGAGAUCCCUGGCUUCCUGUCGGAGGAGGAGUGCCGUGUGGUGGUUCAGCUGGCUCAGCUCAAGGGUCUGAUGGAGAGCCAGACGACCGCAACCAGCCAGGGACAAGAGGAGUCGAACCAGCCACUCCUUUCUCUAAGCACAGAGGAGGUCUUCAGCCUGUUGGACCUAAACCAGGACAGGCUGCUGCAAAAGCAGGAGAUUGAGAGUCACUCACGCUCUCGUGAUGGAACUUGGUUGAACCCAGACAACUUACGGCAGAUACUCACUGGUCUUGAAGCCUGCCCAACAGGGAUGCUAACCUUGGAGGACUUCAGGCGUGUUUACGACAUCUCCCAACACCCAGGACGACAGCGAAGAGGGAAGCUGCGCAGUCGAUUCAAACAGAGGAGCAAACAUACGUGGCUUUACCAAGGCCAAGGGUCCCACCAUGUGCUUCACACACUCAGGAACAGAGUAACCAGUCUAACACGUCUGCCCUCUACUUUGGUUGAGCUGAGCGAGCCGCUGCAGGUGAUCCGUUAUGAGCACGGAGACUUCAGUAAUGCCCACCAUGACAGCAGCCCUUCUCAUUCAGAGACUACCUGUGCACACACACGACUGGCUGGAAACACGUCGGCUCUCACAGAGGUCUCCUGCAGGUACCUUACAAUGUUAUUCUACCUCAGCUCUGUAGAGGAGGGUGGUGAGACCACCUUUCCUGUGGCUGAUAACCGUACAUAUGAUGAGCAGGCACUAGUCCAGGAAGGCGUUGAUUUGAUAGACACCCAGGAGACAUGUGGCAGAGGGAACCUGAGAAUAAAACCUACUGCUGGGACCGCCCUCCUCUGGUACAACCAUCUCUCUGAUGGUAGAGGUUGGAUGGGAGAGCUGGAUGAAUAUUCCCUCCAUGGCGACUGCCCCAUCAGACAUGGAGUGAAGUGGGUGGCAAAUAACUGGGUAAAUGUGGACCCAGACAGCCAGCGGCAGGCCCGUUACCAGAGACUAGUUGCACAGAGGAAUCAAGCUAAGCCGGGCAUGGAGGAGCAUUACCAACCUCUCUCACACAGCAACCUCCACCAGGAUCUAUAGCCUGGCCUACUUAAUACCAAGACAAGGUGACCACCACUUAAAAACCAUGUCACUCUUUCCUUCAUGACGUAGAUGGAUCUGACAGACGUUCUCCCCGUGUCUGAUAACUGUUGUUGAAUUCAAAACUACACAAAAAGCAUUCCAGAUAUUUUCUCCCUUCAUGAAAUCUGUCCUGCAAUUCUCUAUUUAAUCCGUUUUACGCCGGGGAUACACUGCACAAUUUCAGGGAGAUUCAGACCUGAUUCUUUAGUUGCACAACUGAUUUUGAAGUACUGUUCGUCGUUUGUCGUGCAGUGUAAAGGGGGGUACGAGUGCUGAUCACAGCCUGAACUGCUGCUCCUGACUGGUUGGGUUCAUUUCUGACAUGUUCACUCUAUGCACACACUCACACAGUGAGAGCAGACCUAUGACGGUUUCCCCAACUUUAGGUUUUUUUUCUUCUUGAUUGCGUAAAUUGGUAGACGUCGUCUGAAAGUAGCAAGGCAACAGAAGGUUUGCCUGUCUGAUGUGACUUCAUCGACGAAAGAUAGGAAUGAGGGAAAUGUUGGCAAGAAAUAGCUGCGGACCUCCAGCUGCUGGGGAAUUUUUGUUAUUAUUUAGCUUGCCCGUUAGCUCGUGUUUGUGGGAAUGCUGAGUGUGUGUUCAUGUGAGGGAGCAAAUGAGGGUUUUUGACGGUGUCAGUAAUUGAGCUGUGCAUAUGAGACAAAUAGAAAACACAGAUCUGACUUCCACCCCCAUCCAUGGGGAUUUUCAAAAUAAACUUUAUUGACAGUUGUCUCUCCUCUGUUCCUAUUCAACACGUACAGUUGAAGCACUCUAAUGGUGAGAUUUGGUCGUGCAUGGUAAACGAUGAACUCUUCCACCGCAACAUUUUUACAAUCGUAUGGUGUAUUCCCGGCCUUAAAGAAAUUACCAUUCAUUUAUCAUAACUACUACAGGUAUCAUGAUGUAUGUUGGAAAGGGUAUACUUGCCUUCCAUUUAGAUAAAAGGUUUUUGUCACAAGACAUAUCAAAGAAUUCAUUGAUAAAUGUGAUUAUUUAAGUCUGUUUUGUUUCCAGAGUUUAUCAUGAAAUGAUAUUUAAUAAGGGGGUGGCCCCUUGUGCUGCUUGUGCAGCACUGUCCACAGAAUGAUUCAUGCUGGCUGUUUGAGGCCAGACUUCAGGUGUUAUUCAGUGUUUGUGUUUCUUAUCCUCACAACUCAAGAAUAUUUAAUGAAUAUUUAAUUCUCCAAGCAUAUUUAUUUGAGUGUUAUUUAUCACCACUAUUUAUUUAUUCAAGUUACAGGAAAUCAUAUUUAUUACAGCUUGUUGUUGCACUGGAUCUGUCGAUGUAUUUUAUUGUAUUUGUUCUAUGUCAUGAAAUAUAAAGAUAUGUUGUUUUAUUAUAA